AUGAGGCGGGAAUAUCUUCCGCUUCAGUCCCUCCCGGCCUGGGCUAGGCUGAAUGGGAUUGUCACGAAUGGCGUUGCUUUUCAGAAUCUAAGCUCCUCAGUGAGUGAUACCGAUAGGGGAAAUGCGAUCGUGGCAACAGAAGAAACGUCUAGCCAUGAAUCCGAUUCUCUUCCACAGGUUCUCCUCCGAGUCCCGCGAGACCUGGUACUAUCAUUGGAAACGGUGCAGGACUAUUCGAAAUCCGAUCAAGAUUUUCGGGAAGUGCUUGAGGCUUGUGGUGGAUUUGGAAGGACGACCAGAGGGGCAAUCAUGUUAUUCCUCUUGGUUCAGAUCACACAUUCCAGCCCCGACACGAAGCGUCAGGUGGGGAUGUCUAGCCCAUGGUCUGAGUAUAUCAAAUUCUUUCCACCAUCAUUCCCGCUGCCUACAUGCUAUAGUGAUGAGGAACAGCAAUUGCUGAGGGGAACAUCGCUCGCUGCGGUCAUCGAGGCCAAGAUUUCCACACUAGAGCUGGAAUUCAGGCGUUUACGCCAGUGCACGGAGAACAUCCCAUGGUGUCGACAAGUUUGGUGGGAGGAGGGAACGGGCAGUUUAACCGAGGAUGAUUGGAAAUAUGUUGACGCUGCCUAUCGGUCGCGUAUGGUCGACUUGCCGGGUAGUGGACAUGCAAUGGUUCCCUGUGUCGACAUGGCCAACCAUGUCUCUGGAUCAGAUGUGCGGGCGCUGUAUGAUGCAGACCCCGAGGGCAAUGCAAUUUUGCAGCUGCGUUGGGGUAAGACCAUGCGCCCGGGAGAAGAGGUGACGAUAUCUUAUGGCGAUGAAAAGCCCGCAUCUGAGAUGAUAUUCUCCUAUGGGUUCCUUGAGAGCGACAGGACCGAAGAAAGCCAAGUGCUCUUGGAUAUGCGCGUGCCAAAGGAUGACCCUUUGGAAUUUGCCAAAAACUUCAUGUGUAGCGAAACGCCGGGAAUCCGUUUGUCGAUAGUCUCUGAUGCUGAAUCAUCGAGCCAUAUAUCCUGGGACAGUCCCCUCGUCUGGUUGGCAUGUGUGAACGAAGAAGACGGUCUUCAUAUUAAAAUGAGCCAGACUCAUGAUGGGACGGCAAAGUUGGAAACUACCUGGAAGGAAGAGACCCUCACGUCACCUCAUCACCUCCGAGAACUUCUCGCCGCUGAUCCAUCUUGGGAGAUCUUUCAACUCCGAGCUGUUGUGUUGCUGCUGGAAAAGCUCGAGACACAGCUUUCCCAUGCCAGAGAAAUGAACGAGAUUGUGGAAAAUAUGCACGAGGAAAUGAUCCAGACACUUUUCCGCCCUGAGAUCUUCAGUUUGGUAUCUCGAUUGAGGAAACUUGAAGGAACGCUGUUCGAAAAAGCCGUCAUAGACCUGGAGAAACAGAAAACCGAAUUGAUGAACUCAGAAACGGUCGUUAAUUAUUUGUUCCAACAGUCUCAAUCGGAGGAGGUCGAAGACUUUUCAUGA